AUGGCACCUCUCAAGACUCUCGUUUUCGGCGCGACGGGCGCGCAGGGCGGCUCGGUCUGCAAGUACCUCCUCGAGCAGCCGGACAAGUUCAAGGUCUACGGCCUGACCCGCCACACGGACAGUGCGCACGCCAAGCAGCUCGCCUCGCAGGGCGUCAACGUCCUGCAGGGCGACCUCGAUGACCCCAAGUCGUAUGAGGACGCGCUGAAGCAGGUCGACGCCGUGUUCCUCAACACGAACUGGUGGCAGUGGUACAAGCCUGACGGGAAGGGCGGGGACAAUGCCGACGAGUGCACGAAGCGCGAGACGACGCAGGCCAUCGCCGUCGCCGACGCCAUGCAGCGUAUCGGCGGCAAGCGCCUCGUGUACUCGACGCUCGGCCACUUUGAAAUCAACGGACAGAAGGUCGCCCACUCCGAGUCCAAGGUUAUCAAAGAUUGGCCUGUCGACCGCCUACGUCUCGAGAACGCCGACGGCUCGAUCACGAUCGAGUGCCCCAUGCCCGACUCGGCCGAGAUUCCGCAGGUGCCCAUCGAGCAGCUCGGCCUGUGGGUGCGCGCCGCGCUCUCCGACUGGGACAAGUACGACGGCCAGACGAUCCCGUGCGUCACCGACAAGCUGUCGGUCAAGGGCGUGACCGAGGUGCUGUCCGAGGUCACUGGGCGCAAGUUUGUGCCGAUGCACGUCACCGAGCAGUGGUUCAAGAGCAAGGAGGCCGCCGACCCCAACCCCGAGAUGCACCUCAACUCGUACGUGUUCGUAGAGGACCUCGUCAAGCCCGAGAUCAAGGAGAGCCGCGCCAUCGCCCCCGACGCUUGGGACUUUAGGGGAUGGUGUCUCAACGCUGGCGGCGUUGAGAAGAAGUGGGGUCUGAAGAAGUAG